UUCUUUUUCUUUUUUUCUUUUUUCGUCUCAGUGAAAUCUUCAGAGUCAAAGAAGAUCACUGAAAUACCGACAGCUUUCAGCGAGUUUCACAGAGAGAAGAGAUUUCUUCUUUUCUUCUUUCAAGGUUCCAUUAAAUUAGAAGAGAUCUGAGGAGGAUCUGUGGGGAAUUCUUAAUUCUCAGGGGGAGAGCACUCUGAAUCAAAGGAAGAGAAUUCUGGGGAAAAAAUUUCCAGAUCCUCUCGCGCAGAAUCUUUGAAACGGAUGUAUCACACUUUUCAAACUGGUGUAGAGACAAUUGUUGCAAUCAAAAAUUCAAGAAAAACAGAAUGUUCUGAAAAAGACUGUAGAUUCUAAGUCUAAAGAAGAAUUUUUACUAAUUGUGUAAGUAGAAGGGGGCACGUGUCUCUAAAAGUUCCAAAGUUGACUGACUUUUCCAGGUCGAAGGAACUGGACAAACUUCAAAAUAGAAGAGAACAAAGGCACGAGGAGAUAAAAGGUUCCCCUCCCUCCCAAACGAAGGCGUGAAAGAGCCUCCUCCGAGAAUCUCCUAUUAACACGCUCGUUAACAUCCAGUUCGGGAUUCGAAGAACUGGGACACGCCCCCGUUGUUUACGUCCCAGUCCGUUGCUCCGCCAGGAAUUUGUAUUGUUCCGUCGAAUAACACGACAGAGCUAUGAAUCUUCACGGUGCAGUUCCUUCACGCCGCGUCUUCGCGGUGACAAUUCGCUCCGGCGAGGCGACAGCUCCUCUUUCUACGUAGAAAGAUUCGAGAAAGUGUCGGAAGACUCGCACGUCCGGUAAAAGUUUCUUGUGUGUCGUUGUUGAGCAUCGAAAAUGCAGAAGACUUACGACAGAAUAACCGUGCCGAAGAUAGUGAUCUGCUCGAAAUCGGCGCUGGAGGACUGCGUGGUGGAGACUGAAGAAUGCGACAGAAGAUCCUUAACGCAGAGGAGAAUAACGAGGUCGAAGAGUAGGAGACGCUCGAGGCGAUUAUCGUCGAGCAUCGUCGAGCAUCGUCGCUCGACUUCCUCCUCGAGGAGUCCAUCGCCAUCGUGCUUGUCCUCUCAGUCGGAACAAGAUCAGCUUCACAGGGAAGUGAAUGAAAAUGACGAGGAGAGGAAAGACUGUAUAGUGGAGAGACUGAGGAACAGUUUCAUCGAAUGUAAAGACCAGGAGAGGAAAAGUUUGAAGUUGAAAACACAUGGAACAGGCGUGUCUGUAAGAAGCGACGAGAUCCACUUGGAGCAUAAAAGAAGUCCCAGGUGCAACAAAUGUCAGAGUAACAAAGGGGACGAGGCUUGUUUGGAGAAUUGCUCGGGAUACCAGCAGUACUUGAGGCUGCUGGAGGUGCCUCAGGUUAACUUGGAAUGGGGCGAGGGCAGUGGCGACGAUUUGAGCUCUGAAUGGGAUUCCGAUCACGCGGAUAGGUCGAACGAGAGAAAGUCGCCGAAGGUACAACUAGCGGGUCAUCAAGGGAACUUCAGAGCGGGACCCACUCCAGGAACGAUCCUGAAGAAACUCUGCCCCCAGGAAGAAGCUUGCUUUCGUCUGUUAAUGAACGACAUACUGAGGCCGUACGUUCCGGAAUUCAAGGGUGUAUUGGACGUAAAUGAUACGGAGGAAGGUAACGUUGAGGGAAACGAGGCCGGGCAGACCCUUCAGAAAGAUGGCAAUAGUGACAACGUGACCAAGAGGACUGUAGUGUCCUCUUACUUGCAGUUGCAAGAUCUUCUUGGAGAUUUCGAACAUCCGUGCGUGAUGGACUGCAAAGUUGGAGUGAGAACGUACUUGGAAUCGGAACUCGCGAAAGCCAAAGAAAGACCCAAGUUACGAAAGGACAUGUACGAGAAAAUGGUGCAGGUGGAUCCGUCAGCACCGAGCGCCGAGGAACGCCGGGUGCAGGGAGUCACGAAACCAAGGUACAUGGUCUGGCGCGAAACGAUCUCUAGUACGGCUACACUAGGUUUCCGCGUCGAAGGUAUCAAACUCGCCCAUGGAGGCUCGUCGAAGGAUUUCAAAACGACGAGGACUCGAGAACAGGUUACGGAGGCGUUGAGACGUUUUGUGGAAGGCUAUUCGCACGCUGUGCCCAAAUACAUUCAACGUCUGAAGGCGAUCAGGGCCACAUUAAAAGCAUCACCGUUCUUUGCCUCGCACGAAGUCAUUGGAUCCAGCUUGUUGUUCGUCCACGAUGCCAAGAACGCAGGUAUCUGGAUGAUCGACUUCGCGAAAACGUUGCCUCUGCCUCAACACUUGCCGAGGAUCUGCCACGACGCCGAGUGGAAAGUGGGAAAUCACGAGGACGGAUAUCUGAUCGGUGUGAACAAUCUGAUAGACAUAUUCCAAGACAUAUGGAAUUCCGAGAGGACGUAAUACUAGCAUGAUCGUUUCUCCUGGAUACAAGUUGACGCUGCAACGACGAGGAUAUCAAGUACACAGUAUCUUGAUCUUGCAAAUGUAGAUGCAAAACACACCAAGUCUUUUUCUACGGCUCUUACCACUUUGUACUUUUGUAAAUCGACGGAUUUGUUUUUUUUUUUUUUUUU